AAGAAAGAACACAAAAAUGACUGCUGGAGAAGUAUUGGAAAAAAUUACCAUCACUGAAGAUGGUGGUGUACAAAAAGAAAUCCUUAAACAUGGUACCGGCGAUGAGACACCCGAAAAUGGUUGCAAAGUCUCAUUGCAUUAUACAGGCCGGCUAACCGAUGGAACUGUAUUCGAUUCUAGCGUUGAUCGUGGAGAACCUUUUGAGUUUGAAUUGGGUGCAAGAAGUGUCAUCAAAGCCUUUGAUUUGGGUGUUCUGACUAUGAAAUUGGGUGAAAAAUGUAAUUUAAUUUGUGCUCCCGAAUAUGCCUAUGGCGAAAGUGGUAGUCCACCAAGUAUACCACCCAAUGCCACAUUGAUUUUUGAGUUGGAAAUGCUGGGCUGGAAGGGUGCCGAUGUUAGUCCUAAUAAAGAUGGUAGCAUUGAACGUUUCAUCAUUACAAGCAGUGAUAAGCGGCGUGGUCCCAAUGAUGGUUCCCUGUGCAAAGCUCACAUCACCGGCAAAUAUGAUGGCAAAGUAUUUGAAGAACGUGAUGUUGAAUUUAAUUUGGGCGAAGGUAGCGAUAUCGGUUUAAUUGAAGGUGUUGAAAUUGCCAUUGGAAAAAUGGUCAUUGGCGAAGAGUCAAGAUUCAAAAUUAAGCCCAAAUAUGCAUUUGGCACCAAGGGCAAUGAACAAUUUAAUAUACCAGCAAAUGCCACUGUCGAAUAUAUUAUCAAAUUAAAUGAUUGCGAAAAAGGUAUUGAAGAUUGGAAAUUCUCGGAUGCCGAACGUCUUGAACAUUCGAAAAUCUACAAAGAAAAGGGUACAAAAUAUUUUAAAAAGGAAAACUAUUCGCUGGCAUUGAAAAUGUACAAAAAGUGUGUGGACUUUUUGGAGAAUAAUUCUGAUGACGAAAGCAACAAACUAAAGGCCACAGCUUAUAGCAAUCAGGCUCUGUGUCAUCAAAAAUUAAAUGAACAUUUUGAGGCUAAACAGGCAUGCAAUGAAACCCUCAAAUUGGAACCCAACAACAUUAAGGCUCUCUAUCGUCGUGGCCAAUGUAACGUAACCGUUGCCGAUUACGAUGAAGCUUUGAUUGACUUCCAGAAAGUUCUCGAACUGGAACCCACCAAUAAGGCUGCUCAAAAUCAAAUACAAAUAUGCAAACACAAAAUCAAAGAGGCCAAGGAUAAGGAGAAGAGAAUCUACGCCAAUAUGUUCACAAAACUGGCCGCUGCUGAUAAAGAGGAUGAGAAACCUGAAGAUGAUGUGCUGGCCAAGUGUGGUGAAUGGAAGGAUGAAGAUGCCAUGGCAGCAAGUGAACGGAAAUCUGGAGAUGAGUGGACAGAUGAAGAUACCAAACGAGAAGCAGAUUAUGCCUUAGAAAGGGAUAAUAUUGUAAUGAUAUAAAG